GUACAGCUUCGACGACGAAAGCGAAUAGUUGGGCGGCCGAGAGAUUGCUUCGAUUAUAUCGUAUAAACGGGAUUCAGAGUUCGUUGAUACGUCAGACUCGCAAACAGCACACGUGCGAGAGUAUCUAUCGUAGAAGGUAGCGCUGUUUUCGAGGAAAUGCCUCUCCCUUCGGCAACAAUGUGCUCCCCGAUCAUUCGAUAACAACACGUCGUUCAGUACUCGUCGGGCCAGACACGAUGUCGUAUCGUCAAAUUUUCAAGAUGUGCGUUCUUCCGAUUAACAAAAGUACGGCAACGAGCAUUGUGCGCAUCGGAAAUAAUAUUACCAUGACAACCAAAGGAAUCGUACCAUUGCAUCGUGCUUUUACGAACGAUUCUUCUACGAAUUGUCCGACCAUUAGUGAGAUCGUUGAAAAAUGGAGUCACCGGUUUGAGAAUGAAGCUGUACCAGAACCCGUUGAAUCCAUCGAGCACAUCGUCGCACAUGUCGUAGGUUUAAAAAAGCUAUUAGAUGUGACGAAUUUUCGUGAUAAACGACUUACCGAAGAUCAGUUGAACGAGUUAGAAUCACUUUGUCAAUGCAGAUUGGCCAGGAUGCCAGUUCAAUACAUAAUCGGUGAAUGGGAUUUUCGAGAUAUUACUUUGAAAUUAGUUCCUCCAAUUUUUAUUCCACGUCCGGAAACAGAGAUAAUAGUUGAUAUUAUUUUAAAAAAACUAAGUUAUUUGCACGGAGACGAUCAUGAAAUCUUGGAAAUUGGUUGUGGUUCUGGGGCGAUAUCGCUAGCCUUGGCACACUCCUCUAACAAGGUAAAAUGUAUAGCAGUCGAUACUAAUCCAUAUGCUUGCGAUUUAACAAAAGAAAAUUGUAGCAAGCUUGGCUUGCAAGAAAGAGUAACUAUUAUACAGGCAACUUUGGAAGAAGAUGGAACAUUAAAAUCUUCUGAAAGUAUGAAUUUCGAAACUAAAAGUUUUGAUUUUAUAGUUAGCAAUCCGCCGUACGUGCCAACAAAGAACAUAUUAAAAUUAGAACCAGAAAUUAAAAUUUAUGAAGAUUUAAGAGCUUUAGACGGCGGAGAAGAUGGAUUGAAGAUUAUCAGACCUCUUAUACAAUACAGUGCCAAGGCAUUAAAACCAGGAGGUCAUCUCUUUGUCGAAGUGGAUCCAGCACAUCCAGAGUACAUAAGUUUUUUUGUAAAAAAAUACGACACUUUAAAACUGCGAUACGAGCAUACCUACAAAGACUUUUGCAAUAACGAUCGAUUCGUCGAAAUAUCUAAAAUGGCGUAAAGUAUUUUAUCGCCAUAUUUAUUAACGUUGUAUAGCAUACUCGCAAUAUAUUGACUCGUAACUUUAAAAAAACAAAAAAUGUGUUAUAGAAUAUAUUCUUAAAUAUGAUUCUUAAUAACGUCGAAAGUUGUUAGGUAUCAUGUUUAAAUAAAAUCGAUCAAGUUUUAUUAUUCUCGUUAAUCAAAUUCAUGUAUAUUUUAACUGUCGAACAUAUUCCAUCACGACAGUGUUCUUAUCGCUGUCGGUCGUCAAUUGAAAAUUACUUACAAUAAUGUGCCUACAAGAUCGAGUCAUGGUAUUUACAAUGACACAUGUUCAAGACUGAUCAAAACAAAAUCAGAAUUAUAUAAAUCGAUGAAAAAAGCUAAUGAGUAAUCUCUUGUGUGUAUGAUGUUUCGUUUUUCUUUUUUGUUUGUUUGUUUGUUUAUACUGGCACAAAUACGUAUGUACGCUAGGACUUUUAAAUUGUUACCAAUAUCGAUCGAUUUAGAAAUUAUUUAGGAAUCUCGCGAAGUAAAAAGAGCGUCCCGUAAAAUAAAUUCAACUAUUUCGUUAAUUUAUUCAUUUAUCGCGGAGAGAACUUUUCCAGUUCUUUCUUAAUACUGCUGAUUAAAGGUACCGCUGGAUCCUCCGGUGAGAGUUGAGAAUCCGCUAGGAUACGUCUGGUAUCCACUUCUGGUAGAUUAGGUUUGUGAAACGGACCGGCACUGAGUGGUCUCGAGCCCCAAGUACCACGUGUGUGACUUGACUGGCCAGUUUCAGGAAUAUCCUCUGGCAAAUUUCUUCUUGAUGCUGACGUGCGAGGUCGAGUACUUAAUUCCGCAGGCGGAGUUGACGUCGGACUAAAAACGAUAAUAAAAUUUGAAGAAGAA